UUUUUUUUUUCAUUCUUUUCUUGUCUUUUUUGAUUAUUCUCGAUUUUUUUUACAAUAAAUAGACAGGAAUAGAAAGCAAUCUUUUUUAUACCGGCCUUGUUUCUUUUACUGUAUUUCUUUCAUUCUUUACCAUUGUUUAACUUUUAACGCACGUUUUCAAUCAAUAAUACAAAGGAAAACUACAGAUAAUUCAAAUCGCUUCUUUUCAUUAACCCUUCAAUGCCAAUGUCGCAAACGGACACAGCGUCUACCAUUCAGCCAAGUUUAGAUGAAACAAAAACUGGCAAUUCAACUCUCAUUACCAACAGCACAACAAAUAACCCGGCCGAUUCUAUUUUGAAACAAUCUCAACCACCAUCAGUAAUAAAGAAAAAAGAAGACAUCACAACUCGUAGCAGCUCAAGCAAUAACAACUCAAAAAUGAAGAAAGAAAAAGGGAAGAAGCAAAUCGAUUCAGAACGUGAAAAAUCUACUCGUUCAUCUACUAAAGCAGGUGCAGGUAACCAUAAUGCGAACAAAAAACAAAAGGCAGCUUCAACCACGUCAACUCCCAGCAGUAAGCGCUCAUUAAAGCAAUUUACAAGGAAAAGUGGAGGCUUUCUAUCGUUACUACUGUGCUGCACCGUGGGUGGAGCAAGCCAUUUUUUGGACAACAGUGAUAAAUCAUCAAUGAAUCACCAUAAGAACACCAAUAAAUCAUCGUCGUCCCUCACUUCUUCUAUUACUUCCUCUAUAACAAAACGAAAGAAUAACAAUCAACAACAACAACAAGUGAUACCAGUACAGAUUGAAAAACAGCAGCAACAAGGACAAUCAGUUCAUGCCACCAACAACGAAGAACCCAUUGAAGAAAAAGAAGAAAAAGUCAAAGAGCAACCUUCGCCUCAAGACGAUCAAAUUAUACCUCCACCGCCCAUUAUCACCAGCCCCGCAGAACUGAAUAAAUUGAAUACAGCUAAUCAGCAAGCUCAAUCUACGGCAGAAGAAAGUCAGGUAUCAACGUCUUCAUCCACGAAUAGCCCUUCAAGCCCUCCUCUUCCACAAUCUUCUACUUCACCCGGACCGGUUGUUUGGCUACUACCUCCAUUAGCUAAUGAAGACAAGGAAAGGAAAUGUCUCGUGCUUGACUUGGACGAAACGCUCGUCCAUAGCUCUUUUAAAAUCAUCCCAAAUCCCGAUUUUAUUGUACCAGUAGAGAUUGAUAAUCAAUAUCAUAAUGUUUAUGUAUUAAAACGCCCUGGCGUGGAUGAAUUUAUGCGCAAAAUGGGCGAGAAGUACGAAAUCGUUGUAUUCACUGCCAGUCUCGCUAAAUACGCCGAUCCUGUCCUCGAUAUGUUAGAUAUUCAUCGAGUUGUAAAACAUCGGUUAUUUAGAGAAUCGUGUUUCAAUCACAAAGGAACCUACGUUAAGGAUCUUUCACAAUUGGGAAGAGAUCUGGCUUCGACUUUAAUCUUGGAUAAUUCACCUGCAAGCUAUAUAUUCCACACAUCAAAUGCUGUGCCAGUGUCAACCUGGUUCAAUGAUCCACAUGACACCGAAUUAACUGAUCUGGUUGCCUUUUUAGAAGAUUUAACAGUCGUAGAGAACGUGCAACUUGUAUUGGACAACUCCAUUGAUCCCACCGCCACAUCCACGAGCAGUAGUGGCAACCUUGUGCCCUCUACUGCUUAAGAAUAAGUUAUUUCCCCUCGUUAAAUUAUUACCAUUUAAUACUCUUUAUUAUACUUCUUAAAAUAAUUCCACAGCAACAAACAACAUUACUAUCUUUGUUUCCACCCAAUUACAUGCUCAAAUUACCAGAAUUUAUGCCUUUGAAAUAGCCAUUCCUUCGUCAUAUCAUUCAUUCUUGUUCGAAUACAACUCAAAAUAGAUAGUAGCAUACCCCACCCCUCGCACUUAAUGAUUGCCUUUCUACCACCUAUCAUCUCUUUUUUUACAAGUUUGAUUUUUUUUUUCUUUUUUGUAUUUAAUGAUAUUAUUCAAUAAAAAGAAAACCUUUAAUCACUCAAAACAUGGCCAAUAAAACAAUUAUACCAUGUUGUGCUGUCUUUUUAUCGAAAAUCGCUAUGGUCGCACAGCUAUUUUAAA